AUGAAUAAGCGAUCCAAGGAAGCAACACUCAAUGAUACCUUUAUUCCUGCCAAGGGUCUUGCCAAUCUUGGAAACACCUGCUUUUUCAACAGUGUUAUGCAGUGUAUGAUGCAUACACAUCAGCUUACGGAUUAUUUUAAUCGUUUUGGAAAAGUUACUACCUUGGAUUUUCGACAAACACAAACCGUAGUCGUUAAUGAGGAAAAGGUCAACUUGGAGCCUGCCGCCAUCUCUGUCCCUCUCGAGUCAGCACCCCUCAACUCGGUUUUACGAGGGUUCAUUGCCGAAUUCCAAUGUGGUGCUUCGCCCUCUCCAGGAUCCGUUUUCUCACAAAUUUCGUGCAAAACACCGCGUUUCAAAGGUUGUCAACAGCAGGACGCGCACGAGCUGCUUAGAUAUCUGCUUGACGGAUUGAGGAGCGAGGAAAUGGAGCGGUAUAAGGCUGGAAUUGCGUCUUACUUCGGUGUCUCUCCUAAGAUAAGCAGAAAUAAGGUGGAUUCCGAAACUGUCAAGUUAGCUAAGGGCUAUCUUCAAGCAGCUGGACGUCCACUCCUUGAUAUGGUUUUUGGUGGCACUCUUCUCCAGACGAUUCUAUGCUCGGAAUGCGGUCAUGUCAGCGAGCGUCAUGAACAGGUUGAGUUCACUAAUCUGUCAUGA